CCUAGAGGAGAAGAGUGGGAAACGAAUGCAGCAUUGGAUAGCUGGAAGUGUCUACUCUUCCAGUACGAAAACACGUGUUUGUCGCUGUAGUAGUAUUUUUUCUGUAGAGGUUAGAAAAGAACGUGUUUUUUUCUCGUGCCGAUAACAAUGUGUGAAGAAAAACAUGAGCAACGGAUUAAUGUGAAAUUUCUCUUUAAAUUAAAAAAAACUCCGACUGAGUGCUAUAAUUUGUUGAAAGAGGCCUAUGGUGAGAAUUCUCUAUCUCGUGCGCGUGUUUUCAAAUGGUAUAUACGGUUUUCUGAAGGCCGAGAGAGCGCCGAAGAUGACCAACGUCCAGGUCGACCUGUCUCUGUUUCAACUCCGCAAACAGUGACCAAAAUAAAUGAAAUUGUGCGCGGAGAUUGUCGUAUGAGCAUUCGGAUGAUUGCUGAGACUGUAAACUCCGAUAAAGAAACUGUCAGAAAAGUUUUACAUGACGAAUUGAACAUGAAAAAAGUCUGUGCGAAGUUGGUCCCAAAAAAUUUGACCCCUGACCAAAAGCUCGUCCGUCAACAGAUCUGCUCAGAUUUUCUUGAGAGGUUACAUGAAGAGCCUGAAUUAAUGGAAAACAUCAUCACUUGCGAUGAAACCACUUGCGAUGGUUAUUCAAAUACGAUGUUGAAACUAAGCGACAAUGCAUGCACUGGAAAACUCCUGCAUCACCAAGAAUGA